UGGGCAUGGGGCGCUCAUUGAUAUGGAGGAGGGCGAGCCGAGCGCCGUGGUGGAGUUCUUCACGAACGCGCUCAGUGGAGGUGUCAAGAGAGAACAUAUGCAAGAAGUCCGAAUGAUGAAGACAAUGUUUCCGCGCAGCACAUUGCGAGUGUUUUUUGGUCAUCUACUGUCCCUCGGUCCGAAAUCCCGUCGACUCCUUCGACAUUUGAUAGACGACCCUGAGGCUGUAAUGAAGCUCCUUGAUAGCAUCGUCGAAGAGAAGGAUGAGACCGGGUCCCUAACGCGUCUGCUGGUUGCCAAGAUUUUCCUCGAACGUUUACACGAAAAAGAGCGCCACCAGCACGUGAUGACUAUUGACAGUACUUGUACUAACACCAGUCCGACGCCAAGGAGGAGGGCAAGCGCUGCAAGAAGGCUAAGAAAACGAUGCCACCGGCGACAUCAGAUCGAUUCGGAACAGGAAGAUGAAGAGGAUGUGGACAGUGAGAGUGACGAUGGCCACGUGCCCGCCCCUCCGCCAGGAGCCACCUCUGCCUUUAUGGAGCGGAGGGCUCUGGGUCUAGAAAAUUCCGAGUCCGACUUGUCUCCAUUCGAAGACUUCGUGCAGACUCUAUGUGUAUGUUUCGAAGCGGACGAAGAGAAAGCAAAGGAAAAGCGGUUUCUGCGCCGUGCUGUUUCGGAGGCGUAUGAGCACGAGUAUGUGGCUCAGAAGCGAAUACAGCAGGCGCACUCAGGCGUGCGCGAUUCCGCGACCGUUCUUGCUGAGUACCUGAGGGAAAUACAGGGUGCGCUCCGGCAAC